AUGGAUGCUAGGCAUGCACUUGCGCAUACGCCGCUGAAAAGCGGCGAGAACCAGGCUCAAUUCAAAACUCCGCUUCGAACGCCACUCAGUGUCUUGGAACAAAAGUCAUCGACGCCCAUCACGCCAUUCGAGGCUAUCGAGUCACAAAAAGAAAAUGUUCAACCACGCGCGCGUGGGCGCAGUGCACAUGCACUCAGUACGACGUUGAGUAUGCAUCACAAGGAGCGGCAAGAAACACUCGCUGCUCAACGCCGCGAAUGGGAAGAGCGUGUGAAUGGGGAGGAAAACCAAGACUCGGACGAUCCAUUAGAGGCAUGGUGCUCAUACGUCAAGUGGUGCAUCGACAACUAUCCAGAGGGGAAAAGCUCAGAAAGUGGGAUUGUGCCGCUUCUCGAGCGAGUCACACGCCUCUUCCGUGAGUCGGAGCAAUACCAGAACGACUCCCGAUACCUGCGCCUGUGGAUCCUGUAUGCUCAGCAUACCGACGUGCCACGAGACGUAUUUCAGUUUCUUCUGUCGAAUGAGAUCGGCACAAAGCUAGCAAGUUUGUACGAAGAGCUCGCGAACGUCCUUGAGAGUCACGAGGUGUACGACGAGGCCGACGACACAUACAAGCUCGGAAUUGCUCGGCGAGCAAGUCCUCUUGAUCGGCUCAAGCGCCGUUACAAUGAAUACCAAGCACGCAUCCUUGCACUACCCGAGUCGUCGUCGUCGUCUUCGUCGGGUGAUGGGGGUCCCACUACCUACGCCAAUGCCCUGGCAGCUGCGAUGGCCCGCGCCGGUCGUAGUGUACUUGGUGUCAAGACCGGCCGUGGUGCAGAGAGUGUGCCAACGAAUGUGCUGGGCACGCAUCAGCCACUCUCGUCGUCUUCGGGCAGUAUGCGUCCCAACGCACGCACAAUGCAAGUGUAUUGUGAUGAUGAAAAUGACAUGGGACCGCCCAAAUCUAGCAGUGGCAGCCAUGCAUGGACCAACAUCGGCACAGCUGCUGCACGUCGUAAGGAGAACCAGACCGCCACUCACAGUCUGAAGCCACUCACACCUGGAGGCAGAGUGGCGCAGACGCCGCGUUCUCAAGCACGUGCAUUAGAGGUGUUUUGUGAUUCCGACGAAGAUGCGAGUCCUCGCCGCACACCGCGCCGCGAUGAUGUUUUUCAGCGCCAUGUAUGUACCGAGUCGGACAAGCUUCGAAAGAAUCCAUUUUUGCAUUAUGACUCGGCCACUCUUGAACCGCCAGCUGCGCCCAAGUCACAGGCUACGAUUGUGCCACCCCCUGCACCUCCGGCUGUGACUAUGCCGGCAUCGAGACAUGCAAGUCGCGAACGCACGCAUGCCGCACCAAAUAAGAAACGCAUUGUAUCAUCUAAGCCAGUGCGCGAGCGCCAUGCUGUCCCGCUUCAGCGGCUGUACCCAGAUGCUGAUCUCACAGCUGCCGUGCAAGACAAGGCAAGGCCCAUUCCACCAACGCGUGAAAUGUGCCUAGAGGAAUUGUAUGCACAGCACCGGUCCAUCCCGACAGCGUGCGCCUCGGAUCCGUGGGCCUUUCUCGAUGCAUGGCAGGGCCGAUGGAUGCCUGAACCGGUUGCUGUCACCGCGGGUACCGCCAGUACCGCAGGUGCACGACGUGCGCCAAGUCCAACGCUCGUGACGAAAGCAGCUAUUCUCGAAGUGGAUCAUAUGUUUAAUGGCGAGAGCGACAGCAACUCGGAGGACGACGACGAUGACGAUGAUGAUGAUGAUGAAAGUGAGACGGACGAUGAUGAUGUACGGUACCCAGUGCUCUCCAACACGCAAGAUGAGAAUGUGGGCAUUCAGCCUACACCGAUCCGCCCACGGGUGGAUCGACAGCCAUUUGGAGCGACACCCCAGCAAACGCCACGCGCACGGAACAUCGCUAGAGAUGAGGAUGACGAGGAUGACGUCAAUGAUGGUGAGCCGUCUAGCCUCAGUGCAUCACCCCGGAUCAUGCCACGCACACCGUUCCAGCCGCUGACGCCCAUUACGGAGAGGACUGAGAGAACUGAACACACGGAAGGAAGCGUGCGGACGGAACACACUGAUCGCAUGGAACCUAACGAGCGAACCGUCCAUUCCGUGUGCGCAUCGCCACAGACCAACGCCGAUGUGCUGGCCUCGACAGCUGACCAGCCUUUUGGCGGGCUGUAUGCAUCACCAGCGACACUCGAUAUCCCGAACCCAUGCUCGCCAGCAGAUCCUGACAUCGUCACGGCUCUUCUAUCGAACCUGCGCUGUCCGCUCGCUUCACGUCCAGGCUACAUUGACGAGGCGCAGAUGACAACCACGUACCUACCGACACUCACAUCCAGAGUCGCAGGCGCACAGCGAUCGCAGUCGUCGCAGCGGCGCUCGUCUGUGAGUACUGCGUGUGAUCUAAAUGUCGCCGACAUGCAAUUAUCGGUGUGUAUGCGGCUUGGCGAAGGCGGCUUUGGGUCUGUCUUUUUGGCGCAGGACAUGAAUGAGAGUGUACCGCUCGCAGGGGAAACAACCGCGUCGUAUGAGGAUGUGGAUGCCGAUGAUGUAGAUGAGCUUGAGCGUCGGCAGAUGCUCGCUCUCAAGAUCGAGUCGCCACCGAACCCAUGGGAGUUUUACAUUCUCGACGAACUGCGUCGACGUUUGCCGGCACCGCUGCAAGCGUCGGUCGUGGGUGCACGUCGCUUUGUGGCGUGCGCGAACGAGUCGCUCCUGCUUCUCGAAUAUGCAUCGAAAGGCACACUGCUGGAGCUGGUGAAUCAUGCGUCAACGGCCGGCGUCGGUAAUGUACUAGCCCAUGGUGGCGGAGUCGAAGAGGUUCUGGCCAUGUUCUUUGUCAUUGAACUUUGCCGCGUCGUUGAAGGAAUGCACAAUGCCGGCUUGCUGCACGGGGAUUUAAAGAUCGAUAACUGCAUGAUCCGCGCAGACGACGUUGACGAAUGGACAUCGACGUACGCAGCGGAUGGAUCUGGCGGCUGGUCUGCGAAAGGCGUGACGCUCAUCGACUUUGGCCGCGCCGUCGAUAUGCGUUGCUUUGUGGCUGAGCAACGCUUUCUCGCCGAUUGGCAGCCUGGUGCACAGGACUGUGUUGAAAUGCGAGAAAUGCGGCCGUGGACGUACCAAGCAGACUACUACGGUCUAGCGAGCAUCGCUUACUGCCUGUUGUUCGGCAAGUACAUGGAGACGACGAGCUAUGUAAACGAGGAUGGCCAGAAGACCUACAAGAUUCAACAAACUCUGCGCCGAUACUGGCAGACGGAUCUGUGGACCCGCUUCUUUGACCUGCUGUUGAAUCCAACGCACGCACCGAUGUGGCCUGUCACGCCUCUCUUGGCCGAGCUCCGGCACGACAUGGAGGUAUGGCUAGCUGCGCACAGUUUCCAUGCGGGCAAGAAUCUCAAGGGUCUUUUAAAGAAGGUCGAAAUCUGGGCACUUCGGCAUGCCUGA